UAUAUGGGAUGACAUAAAAUAUCUACGAAAAAAAAUCGAUCUGAAACCACUCUUUGAAUAGUAAUCAUUGCUUUGUUAUUCAUCGAAUAUUUUUUUCUAAUUAAGUUUGAGAUUAUUUUUCAUAAUCUAACAUCGCCUAAAAUAUGCUAAUAACUAUCAUCCGUAAAAAGGCCACUUGAGAAAAACUGCAUUUAAAUUGAUUCAUUCAUUUACGAGCAACGUCGCCAUAGACAGACAUAAAAACACACGAACGAACUGCUCAAACUAUAACACACCGUUUAUUGUGUCGGAGUUUAAAAAAGACGGCAAAUGAAGCGGUCAGUUUAAGUUUUAAUUUAACCGAGCAUUGUUUUAAAGCAAUUUAUAACGUCAUGAAGUUGGGAACAACGGGCUGUCUGCUAACUUUGCGUAGUUCCCACUUGUCGUCUUUAAAGGUUAAAAGGUUUCUCUUUUUAGAGUUCCGUAUCCAAAGGGUUAAAAUGGAAACCUGUUAUUAAACCCGUGGUAGUUAGACAGUUAACAUUUUUAAGGAUGGUGUAUUUCUGUUGUGGCUAUGACAAUAACUAAUUUAAAUAAAAAUUGUUGUUAAGCAGCGUCCAGUACGACAUAGGUGAUCUUUUUUUCAAAUUGUUUUAUUUAGCUACAUGUAAGGAACCAGUGUGACAAUUACGAAUAGCCCUUGACCAUUUUUUUUUUAACUUACGGACUAUUUUGAGCUGUCAUUUUAAAAGGUCUAUCAUGUUUUCUUUUUUUUUAAUGGACAAAUUGCCAUACAGUGCAAUUUGAGUUUUAGCAAGUUCUUCCUCAACGCCGCCAAUGUUGAUGGUCUUGCAUUCUUAAUUAUGACGGAAUACUGUCCGGUGAUUUUUGUCUCCAUCUCUUUGCGAGCAUGCGUUGAGACGCGAACAAAUAAAACUCCUUAGUGAACAUAGUGAAGUAAAUUCUGCUAUUAGAAAUUCAGACUUUCUAUUCCGUAUUCAAAUCAAGAAAACAAUAAGUUAAACAAGGCUGGUAGGUAUAACGGCAACGAAUAAAAAAGAAAUCUACUCAUUUCGAACUUUAAAAUACUUAUUCUGUAAACGUCUCUCGAAAGUUAGAUGGUGAGUUUAUAUAAGUGCUGAGUGAGUAUCCAUCUAUCUGUGUGCGUCGAUCGCGUGUGGAAAGUGAAAAGUUUCACGUGAUAAAGUGAACGUGAGCAGAAGCUGGGAAGAUGGAUUGGUGUGUAGCAUGGAUGUCCCAAUGUAGCGUUCAUUCAGUUCGCAUAGUCAACAUUCGAGUCCCGGACGUGAUUCAAUACGGAACCAAGGACUCUAUUACACUGGACUGUGAUUUCGUGACCAAUAAUGUCACUGGUCUAGUAGUGAAGUGGUUUUACAUGGACAAGACACAGCCAGUUUACCAAUGGAUUCCACCGCAAAAACCGCAAGCAUUAGGAAUACUUCGAGAUAAGGUGGAUCUCUCUUACAAGGUCUCCCAUAACCCAUACACUCAACAUCGAGCUCUCCGCAUAACCUCGCCGGUGCCAGAGCUGACUGGCAACUACACAUGCGUGGUAUCAACAUUCCUCGCAGAAGAUGAGAAGACCAGGCCGAUGACUAUUUUUGUACCAGAGACUAAAUUCGACAUGAUUCAAGAUCGUCUGGAUGACAAAUACCUGAAUAUUAUAUGUUCAGUUGAAGGUGUAUUUCCAAAGCCAGAGUUAGUCAUCUUAGCGGGGAACAGACCGCUAAACGCGAAGUCGUCGAUCAAAGUCAUCGAAGGCCGCUACACAGCCCUAACGAGUUCCGUCGUGAGGAUAGAUGCUCUGCCCCCCACCGUCGAGAUCCUCUGUGACAUGCAGGUCCCGCUUGCCAACUACUACAGCAGAAAGAGGGAUCUGUUCUACAGAGAUCCACCGCCUUCUUCUUCAGAAAUUCCUAACUCGGAACUGAAUGCUCCAGAUUCAGGUCACUUGAUUACUUCUACAACAGUUCUGCUAGUUACAGCUGUCGUCAUCAGCCUUCUACGAUUACAUGCAACUUGACGGAAGAAAAAGACAAAGAAAAUUUCAAUAUUUCGUGACAAGUUUUAAAACAAUUAAGAAAAUGUUCUAAGGAGUGUUAAGCAUGAAGUGUACGGCCUAUUACGGCUUUAAACUAUUUUGUAUCACAGAAGGUGAUGUCAAGUUUUGACCACCAAAGUGCUUGUAAUUUAGUCAAAUGUUUCCAUGUCAAAGAUUUCAACCAUUGAUACUGUGCAUUUUAUAUAAUUUUAGAGUUUAAUAGUUCUAAUAUAUUUUCAAUUGUAUAUUUUACUCACAACUUUUAAUUUUUUAUAUUUUGUGUAAGAUACCACAGGUUUAUAAGGGCUCUCAGGUCCGCCUUUGGAUUUUAAACAAAAUCAUCUUAUAAAAACGAAAGGAAUAAAUUAAAAAGGUGGAUAAUCUUCAGUUUCGCAACCAUUUGCACAUAUGUUUAAAAACAUCUAAAUAUGCAACUAACAUGUUUUUUCUAGGCUCCUGUGUUUUAUAAAAUUCUUGUUUUUUGUUUACAUAAUCCAGAAUUUGAAUUUCAGAACAAACAAUUAGUCGCCAGAAUUAUAGAAAAAGAAAAUACAAUGUUUGCUAGCAUAUUUUUUGUGUACUGAUAUUUUACGUGUAAAUGAUAAAUAUAUACCUAAACUAAGCUAGUAUAAUAAUAAUAAUAUAUAACUUUUGUACAUAGAAAUGUUUAAAACAUUCCAAAGAUAAGUUUAAUCUAGUCUUAAAAUAAACAUUACAAAUUAAAACUUGUUUUAUUAAUUUUAGACCAUAUUUUAAGAACCUCAAAUUUUUUUAAACUUAAAAAUGUCCGAAUUCCAUGUAAAUUUUUAGCAUCUCAUUAAUACACUACGUACGGAUGAUAUACAAUACAUAUGUAUGCUAGCAUAUGUUUGUUGUGUCUUUGUAGUAACGCCGCAUGUUCAACGCAAUGCUAGGGCGCGGAGCGCGAGGUUAGCGCCUUUGAAUUUAUUUAUGGCACACCUAUGACAAACAAAAUUUUUUCAUUAUAAAUUUUUGAAAGGA